UUUAACAUUAUUCUUUCUCAAUUAAUUCAUUAUAUAUUUAUCUAUAAGUAUAAAAUGCGUGUGCUUGCUCCUCUUAUUACUACUACUCUUCUCUUAACCGCUUCUGCCUAUGCUGCUCCAGUUUCUGUUGAUAGUGGCGCUGGAGGUGAUCUUGCUACUAUCUAUGAACAUUGUAAUAGACCGGGUGUUUUCGCUUUAACCUUUGAUGAUGGACCAUUUCAAUAUUCAUGGGAUUUGGCUCAAUACCUUCAUUCUAGGGGAAUAAAGGCAACAUUUUUUGUUAAUGGAGAUAAUUUCGUUAAAAAUUUUGCUCAAGCAACAACGGCCACCGCAAUUGAUGGUACUAAAUCAUACAUGGAAGUGCUUAAACACUAUCAUGACCUUGGACAUGAGAUUGCUAGUCAUACUUAUGGACAUGUAGUCUUAAGGGGUUUAUCGGAAUCUGAAGUAGAGUAUCAAAUGAAUCAGCAAUCGGAUCUUAUUUAUAGCGCAACAGGAGUAAGACCUGCUCUUAUGAGGCCUCCUGAAGGUGAUCUCGAUGAAACUGCUUCUAGAGUCGUAAGGAGACUUGGUUAUAGCAACAUUUUAUGGGAUGUCGAUACUAAAGAUUAUGAAUUACACGGUUUAGAAUCUGAACAAAAUCUUGUAAGAGAAGUAGUAGAGGCCGAUGUCUCUGGUCAAACUCCUGGUCAUAUCGCCCUUCAACAUGAUGUACAUGAGUCUUCAGCUAAAGAACUUACCCCUUGGUUGAUUGAUUAUAUUAUAUCAAAACGUUAUUCUUUUGUUACUGUUUCUGAUUGUUUGGGUAUCAAUGCAUAUCAGUAGUUAUUUUACGUUUAGUUAGACAGACAAAUCCAUUCAUAUUCAUAUUUUUAAUAUCAUUUUCUACAUUUUUUUUUUCAUUUAUUUAUUAUAUAUUAUACAUAUUCAUUUUUUUUAUGAUUUUGUAACUUUAUCAAUCACAUAAAUAAACAUUUUAUUUAUAGACUACA